AUGAAGUUCGUAUUUGCCGUAGUCUUGUUGGCCCUUGCCGUUGGUGUGCAAUCAUCUUUGAUUGGUGUUGGUCCAUGGGGAGCACCAUGGGGUGUAGGACCCUGGGGAGGUCAUGCCGCUAUUGACCACAGUGCCUGGGGUGGUCCAUUGGUCGCUCCAUUAGCCGGUCAUGGUCUCUGGGGAGGUCAUGGUGCCUGGGGUGGUAUUCCCGGCAUCGCUCUUGCUCAAGGUCCCGCUCUUGGUCAUGCUGGUCUUGGUCUUGGACUCGGUUUAGCCCAUGGUGCUCAUGGUCCCGGUGUAUAUGUAGCCAAGACACGUGGUGCUGUGCACACUGCUCCUUUGGCUGGACAUAUUGCCUCGGCCACUUCCGUAAAUGUGGCACCAGCUCCUGGUACCCAUUAAGUCACCAACGAUCCACCACAGACACAUCAAUCGCAUCCAAUAAUAGCGUCAUAGUCCCAAACAAAUUAUACUUCUAUCCAACCGAUAAAUUCUUUACUAUAGCACACACUCUACAUCUACACCCUUCCAUACAGCCUCCCCGCCCCCAGCAAAUACUGCCGUAAACCUGAUGACAAACAGUUUAGAAAUUUAGUCCAACAACAAUCAUGAUGAAUUCUUACUGGCACAUUUUCAGCAACAUUACGAGUACUUACACUUAAUCUGAACUUUUUGUUAUCUAUUUAUCUGUAACUGUAUCUAUAUCUUUUUCUAUAACUGUCUCUGUCUAUAAGCUAUCUUACUCUUUAACUGUAAAUAUUGUAAACAGCAACAUAAAUCUACAAAAAAAAAGCUAAAAAAAUAUAUCCUUGAUCCAGAAGCGAUCAGAAAUUUUACGUACAAAUAAAAUAUGUAAAAUUAAAUAAAAAAAA